AUGGUGAGAUCUGGUUUUCUUUUGAUUGUAUCAAUGUUGAUUCUUAGCACUUCAUUAUCGUCUUCAUACAUGUUUAAUGUUGGUGGCCGCAAUGGUUGGGGUGUAAGACGUUCACCUGAACACUACAAUGCAUGGUCUAGCAGAACUAGGUUUCAAAUCAACGACACACUUCGUUUCAAGUAUAACAAAGGAUCUGAUUCUGUGUUGGUGGUAAACAACCAAAACUAUGAUUCAUGCGACACAAAGAAUCUGAUCUACAAGAUGGACGAUGGAGAGUCAACUUUUUCAUUGAAUAAAACAGGUCCCUUUUACUUCAUUAGUGGAGUGAAUUGCCAAAAUGGUGAAAAGUUUAAGGUCGUCGUUAUCUCUCCACACCACAACCAUGAACAUCAAGGUCCAUCAUCAUCUCCGAUGGUUGCACCGGUAUACUCCCCAGCACCGUCUCCCUCAUGGAACUCUCCAACUUACUCCCCAGCACAACCACCGGCUUGGAAUGCUCCUUCACCAAGUUUUGCUGGUUGGACGGCUCCAGCGCAGUCUCCGUCAUGGAAUGCUCCUUCACCUUCUGAAACUGCACCGGUACGCUCCCCAUCACAAUCACCGACCUGGAAUGCUCCUUCACCUUCUGAGGCUGCACCGGUACACUCCCCAACAAAUUCUCCUCCAGUGAAUGCUCCUUCACCUUCUGAGGUCGCACCGGUACAAUUCGCAAAAAAUUCUCCGGUGGUGAAUGCUCCGGAACCAAGUGCUACCAAAGAGAAUGCUCCUUCACCAAGUGCUACCGAAAAGACUGAUUCACCACCAAGUGCUCAAAGCGAAACUCCUCCACCUUCUACCAAUAAUGAUUCUCCUGCACCACCUCCUAAUCAGUCGGAUUCUACGAGGUUGAGUGGUUAUGUCAAUGGGGGUCUUGUGGUGGCUUUGGUCUUGGGUAGUUUUACUUUUUAGAAUGUUAGUUCUUGGUAUAUCCAAAUGUUUCUGCUUUUGUUUCUUGCUAUUUCUAUUUUGUCGUAAUUGUCUUGCUCUAGUUAUUUUUAG